AUGGAGGUCAAGCUGGCGAAUGACAAGCGUGAAAGAGAAAUGUAUGAUAGUUUUGCUGAACUUUACGCCAUUAUAAAGACCACCGAGAAGCUUGAAAAGGCAUACAUUCGUGAUGUGAUCUCUUCAUCAGCGUAUGAGACUGAAUGCCAAAAGCUCAUUGCCCACUUUAAGACUUUGGCUUCCACGCUUAAAGACACCAUCCCAAGCAUCGAGCGCUUUGCAGAAACAUACAAGAUGGACUGCCCAGCAGCUAUAAACCGCCUUGUGACCUCAGGGGUGCCUGCCACAGUGGAGCAUCGGGCUGCUGCAGCUGCCUCCAUGACUUCCUCAGCUUCUGCUGUGGCAGAAUGCACACAGAAUUUCAUCACUGCAAUGGACUCAUUGAAGCUGAACAUGGUUGCGGUUGAUCAGGUGCACCCGCUGCUCUCGGACCUCUUAACGUCUCUGGGUAAGUUGACCUUUCUGCCACCAGACUUUUUGGGGAAGGUGAAGUUGAAGGAGUGGAUUGCAAGAUUGUCAAAGAUGGGAGCGGCCGAUGAGUUGACAGAGCAGCAGUCUAGGCAGCUUCACUUUGAUCUUGAGUCGUCCUACAACUCAUUUAUGGCAGCUUUGCCAAACUAUGGUACUUGA